GUCCUCUUGUCUUAAUCAACCAGCUGCAACUGAGAGAACCUUCAAGAUCCAUUUAUACUUCUCAUUUUCUUCUUGCUUAACUAAUUAUCAAGCUAUAAUAAGCUGUUUAGCUUCAUGGGGUUUCUCCAAAAUCUUGAUUUUACUUCUUGAUUUGGAGAUAAAGAUUUUUUUUUUCUUAUUGUGUUUUAAUAAGGUUCUUGGUGUUCAUACUGAUGGUGAAUAAGUUAAAGUUCAGUUCAUGUAGCCAUAUAAGGUCAGAUUUGGGUACAGAUUUGAACUUUGGUAAAAUGAAGCAUUGUCACACUUGGGGUUUUCAUUCUUUUAAUGGGGUUCUUGUGAUUGGACCCUUAUUGUUGUUGUUUCUUGUGGCAAUAGGGUCUGGUUAUUUCUAUAAUAUAAAUUCUUUGUCAGAGCCAAUUGUUCAUGAGAAUGCAAAUGGAACAAAUGAGCUUAGUGGUGAUUGUAAUGUUUUUGUUGGAAAUUGGGUGCCUGAUGAAAGUUAUCCUUUGUAUAAUGCAUCAGAAUGUCCUUUUGCUGAACAAGGUUUUAGUUGUUUGGCUAAUGGUAGGGAGGAUAAAGAGUAUCUUAAGUGGAGGUGGAAACCUAGGAAUUGUGAAAUUCCAAGAUUUGAUGUUCAAGAAAUCUUGGAAAAGUUAAGGGGAAAAAGGAUUGUCUUUGUUGGUGAUUCAUUAAGUAGAACUCAAUGGGAGUCUAUGAUAUGUAUGUUGAUGACUGGUGUUGAAGACAAGAAGAGUGUGUAUGAAGUCAAAGGAAGAAAGAUCACUAGACAGAUUAGGCAUUUACAAGUUCGAUUUAGCUCAUUUGAUUUUACAGUGGAGUUUUAUAGGUCAAUUUUCCUAGUACAGCCUGGCGCGCCACCAAAACGUUCGCCAAAGAGGAUCAAGAAAGCACUAAUGCUUGAUAAGUUGGAUGAUAUAAGCAAAGAAUGGAUUCAAUCUGAUAUACUAAUCUUUAAUACAGGUCAUUGGUGGAAUCCGACGAAGCUUUUUGAACUGGGUUGGUACUUCCAGAUUGAUGGAAAGAUGAAACUCGGAAUGACAAUAAAUGGUGCCUUCAAGAAAGCCUUAGCGACUUGGAAAUCUUGGCUCGAAAAGAAGGUCAACACUGAUAGGACACGCGUAUUUUUUCGUACUUUCGAAGCUACACAUUGGAGUGAUGGAUCCCGUGAUAAAUGCGAUGUGACACAACUGCCCUGGUCAGAGACUAACGGCAAGGAUGAGAGCGUGUUUUCUGACAUGAUUAUUGAUACUGUGAGAAAUGUAUCCAACCCCGUGACCUUGUUGCAUGUCACUCCAAUGGGGGCAUACCGGAGCGAUGCACAUGUUGGUACUUGGAGUGAUAAUCCAUCAGUGCCAGAUUGUAGUCAUUAUUGCGUACCUGGUGUGCCUGAUAUGUGGAAUGAAGUGCUUUUCGCCUUCCUGUUCUCGGAUCAGCAAUAUCAGAUUGGUUAGCUUAACGGAUGUACAAGUCUAAUUCAACUCGUUUAACCUUUUAACACAAAGUGAUUGUCAUUUUUGUCUUGGACUUCGCAAGGAUUGUCGUUGCAAAUUUCCAUUGAUUUCAUGUUGCUGGUGUCAAUGCUAGAGCUUUUUCUUAUUAUUUGUAUAGUGGAGUGCAUGAAUAGUGAUGAUUCAUAUAGCUGAUCUCAAUGUGCUUGAGAUUGAGGGCAUGGUAGUAUUAGUUGUUUAUCGUCUGAUAUUUCCAAAGAGCUAGUACUCAUCCAAUUUAUCAGGAAUAUGAAAGGUUAUUUAGAGGAGAACAAUGCCAAAUUGCUGUGUUCAAGUGAACAAUUUGAUCUGUCAAAUUGUAUCUGGCUAAAAGCACCUCCAACCUAUGUUGCUUGGAUUCUCCAGCAAUGCUGCAAGAUCUGUGUUGUGUCGGAUCCUCUAAAAAUAUACCGUUUGGAGGAUCCGACAAACACCCCAUUGGUAUUUUUAAAGAAUCGAAACAACAUUGCUUUAAUCUCUA